AUGGAAGAAGAAGCGACGGCAACCCGCGAGACAACAACUCCCCAAGAAGCCAAAUCUAUCGAGCCCAAUGACACUUCUCAGCUACCGCCACUCGUACCGCGUCGCGUACAAGAACUAAGAAACCCGAGGAGCAGGCCGCGCAAGAGCUUCAAAUCUCGUGCCAGAGAAAGAAUUGUCAGAGACCGGCAUCGCUCUCCUUCUCCUCCCCGCUGGCGUCUAGAAGUCAUCUCCACUCUGGAAAGCAGCCAGUCCUUCAGCACUCGCGUCAAAGUCCUCCGGAUCCUCGACCGCAUCCCCGAGCUCAAGGACCACGUGCCCCAGAUUGUAUCCUCUAAUACGAAAUUGCGAUCCUACACGGUUCGAUUUACCCGCUGUGAAUUGGUGAGCUUGGAGCGUGAAGCUCGUCGGUCUCAGCUUUCGUAUAGCAGAAUACAGGGGUUUAAACAUCAGCUCUACGGCUUCGUCAAGUUGAUGUACCAAAGCGGCGUGAGGUACAAUCUCUACCCUCGCAAUAUCUUUCUAUACACGCCGUUUCAGAGGGAAUCUACCCGGCAGCUGUUCCUCGGAUCGGUGGAGGACUCUGAUCUUGUUGAUGCGGCGGAACCCAGUUGGAAUGAAUGUCGGAAGCACGUGUGGGACCACAUCAAUCGCGUCUUUGCACUUGUUGAGAUUUGGACGUAUCAGGAUGAAGCUAUCGACUUGAUGGCCGCUGUGGACAGGGACAAGGACGUGGUAGAAUCGCUGAUUGAGGAUAGGAAUGCCAUUAUUGACGCAGCCAGGGUGGAUGCGAAUGAGGCACGAAUCAUUAUGGCGGAUACGGUGGAAGUUUUCAACAAGGCAUUGGCUAAUAUUAAACAACUGGAGGCCUUGUCCAAAAACAUCAUGUGCUCUAUCAGAGGCCCAAUCUUGGUCUGGGAGGAUGCACAGGCUAGAAAAGAGGUUGUGGAGCAGAACUUGAAAAAGAUAGAGGUUCUUGGGUACAGGACAAAUGCUCUCAUCCAGAAAUACAGUGAUCCGGCGCCCAAGGAUGGAGCGAACUCGGUGGAUAUCUCGCCGCAGUCCGGUGACGAGCCGGAGGAGACGAGUAAUUCGCCUGUCGGUGGUGCCAGAGCAAAGGAGAGUGUGGCAAUAGGGGUGGGAGAGUUGAUGGCUCAAGAUGAGGAGAUCAUAAUAUAUGACGAGGAAAAAGCUGAAGCUGAAGCUGUGGCGGGCAAUGUUGGCUUAUAG